AUGGCGGCGGCGGCGGGCGGCGGCGGUUGCCCGGGGCCUGGCUCGGCGCGGGGCCGCUUCCCGGGCCGGCCACGGGGCCCCGGCGGGGGCGGGGGCCGCUGCGGGCGGGGCGGCGGCGGGGAGCGGGCCCGGGUGACCCUGCGACGAGGCGGCGGCGGCGCGGCCGGGGCUGGGGGAGCGGAACCCGGCGAGGACACGGCCCUGCGCCGCCUGCUCGGCCUUCGCCGGGGCCUGCGCCGGCUCCGCCGUUUAUGGAGGGGACCGCACACUCGUCGAGGCCGGGGCCGGGGCCGGGGCCGGGGCCGGGCCGGCCUGCAGGAGAAGCCCGAACAGGGCCAGGGGCAGGAGGAGGAGGAGGAGGAGGAGGAGGAGAAGAGCAGUGACGAGGAGAACGAGGAGGAGGAGGAGGAGUUUCUGGGUUUCCACUCAGAUGAAGAUGUGGCCCCCAGUUCCCUGCGCUCUGCGCUUCGGUCCCAGCAAGGUGGAACCCCCAGAGGCCGGGGCCGCAAACACAGGACAACCCCCCCUCCACCUCCCCGCCCAGCCGAAGCAGUCCUUCCCCCCCAGAAGGCCCCGUCCCGGAGACGGGGUGAGACUGGCAAAGAGCGGAUGGUGCAGGUACUGGCUGAGCUGCUUCAGCGGGCCCAGGCCCCCCCAAGCCCCCGGGUUCGUGUCUCUGAAUCUCCCACCCCUCGUCGGCCUCGAGGCCGGCCACCAGGCUCUUGCAAAAAGAAGAAGCUGCCGGCAGUGGUAGCAACAACAUCAGCUCCUAAGCCAGCACUCCCUGUAGUCCCAGGAAAUCGACGAGCUGGGGCCUGGAGAUGUCGAGAAGCCCCGGGCCCUGGCUCUGGGAGCCGCAAAAGAGGGCAAUCUGGUCGAGGGGGCAGAGGAGGUAGGGGCCGUGGCCGAGGAAGGCUCCCUCUCCUGCUCAAGUUCGUCUCUAAGGCCAAAAAGAUGAAGAUGGGACAGCUGACCUUGGGACCUGAGCCAGGAAGGGGUCGAGGCCGUCGAAGGGGGGGACGUCGGGGGGCCCCGCCAGGUAGAAUUGGGUCUGGCCGAGGAGGGGGGCAACAUCAGAAGUGGCAGCAACGGGAAGAAGAAGAAAAAGAUGAAGAAGAGAAAAAGGUGACCAAGGAAGAGGAAGAAAAACCACCUUCACCACCACCUCCUCUACCUCCUCCCCCCCCCCCCCCCCCCCCCCCCCCCCCCCCCCCCCCCCCCCCCCCUCCAGCCCCUGAGGAAGAGGGAGACGCACCACCUCCCAUGGCCACAGCUACUCGAUCCCGAAAAAGAGGCCGGCCCCCCCUGACCCCUACCCAGCGAGCUGAACGGGAGGCAGCCCGAGCAGGGCCAGAGGGUGGUUCCCCCCCUACCCCUGUCCCCCCUGCGGGGCCUCCUGAAGACAGUCCCACAGCCCCUCCCAAGGGGACCACUUUCCUGAAAAACAUCCGCCAGUUUAUCAUGCCUGUUGUGAGUGCCCGAUCUUCCCGUCUCAUCAAGACCCCUCGACGGUUCAUGGAUGAAGAGGCCCCUCGACCCCCAAGGACUGAGACCUCACCCCCUUCCCGGCCACCUGUGGAAGUCUCUCCACCAGCCCCGCAGGAACCAGCUCCAGCUCCACCCCCCACCCCCGCCCCUACCCCCACCCCUACCCCUACCCCUACCCCUUCUCCACCUCCCCGAUCACCAACACCCCCACCGGCCCCUCUCCCUGAAAAGAGACGUUCUAUCCUGAGGGAGCCCACGUUCCGAUGGACUUCAUUGAGUCUGGAGCUAGCCCCGCCUCCACCUCCAGCUCCUCCACCAGCCCCACCCCCAGCACCCAUGACCCCAUCCCGAAGGCCCCUUCUGCUUCGAGCUCCCCAGUUCACUCCCAGUGAAGCCCACCUGAAGAUCUAUGAAUCUGUGCUGACCACACCUCUACCCGGGCCCCUUGAUCCCCCUGAGCCAGAGCCUCCCCCAGCUGAAGAACCUAUUUUGGAGCCUGAGGCCCGGACAGGUAGUCGAACCAAUCACCUCAGCUUGCCCUGUUUCACCGCUUCAGCAACCACACCCACAAAGGCUGAGGACCCACAAGGCUCACUGGUCCCCAGCAACGGGCAGCAGCAACCACCGCCGCAGCCACCCCCUCCCCCUGAUGAGCAGAGUCUUUGUGCCCGGGGAACAAUUUCACUUCCACUCUCUGGAGUAGAAGAGAAGAUGUUCAGUCUUCUCAAGAAGGCUAAAGUACAGCUCUUCAAGAUUGAUCAGCAACAGCACCAGCAGAAGGUGGUGCCCCCAACUCCGCCAAGCCCUGGAAUGAAGGCAGAAGAGGCUGUGAGGACCCUCAAGCAGAGCCCUGAUAGAGGGGCUGUCAAGUCUGAGGAUGAGUUUCUGGAAGCCAAGAAAGAGAGACCCCCGGGUCCUGAGUCACCAGUACAGGGCCCUCGAAUCAAGCAUGUUUGUCGUCAUGCUGCCGUGGCAUUGGGCCAGGCUCGAGCCAUGGUACCUGAAGAUGUUCCUCGACUCAGUGCCCUGCCCCUUCGGGAGCGACAUGACCUUGCCGCUGAUGAUACAUCGUCAGCAUCUGAGACCGAAGGCCUCCCAUCACGGUCCCGAAGGGGAAAAGCAGAACCGGCAGGCCUGGGUGGGAGCUCAGGUUCCACAGGGACUGGGGGGGCCCUGCCACAUGCCCCGAGGCGUUCUCUGCCCUCCCACCAGGGCAAGAAGAUGCGGAUGGCACGAUGCGGGCGCUGCAGAGGUUGCCUGCGACUGCAAGACUGUGGGUCCUGUGUCAAUUGCCUGGACAAGCCCAAGUUUGGAGGCCCAAACACCAAAAAACAGUGCUGUGUGUACCGGAAGUGUGAUAAGAUUGAGGCCCGAAAGAUGGAACGCCUGGCUAAGAAAGGCCGCACAAUGGUGAAGACACUGUUACCCUGGGAUUCAGAUGAAUCCCUGGAAGCCUCACCUGGGCCUCCCAGCUCACGUCGGGGGUCAGGAGGUGGGGGGCCCCGGGAGGAGGCAGUGGCCCCGCCUGGGUCUGAAGAGCAGGAUCCCCUCCUGCAGCGCAAGUCAGCCCGUCGCUGCGUCAAACAGCGGCCUUCCUAUGACAUUUUUGAAGACUCGGAUGACUCGGACCCAGGUGUCCCCCCAGCUUCCCGCCGCCGUGCACCUCGAGAAAAUGAGUUGCCCCUGCUGGAGCCAGAGGAGCAGAGCCGGCCCAGGAAGGCCACUUUGCAGCCUGUGGUGCAGCUUAAGGCUCGGAGGCGCCUCGAAAAGGACACUUCCGCCCCUGGACCCUUUGCCUCCUUCCCCAAUGGCUGGACUGGAAAGCAGAAAUCUCCCGACGGUAUCCACCGAGUCCGUGUGGAUUUCAAGGAGGACUGUGACCUAGAAAACGUGUGGCUGAUGGGUGGUCUGAGCGUGCUCACUUCUGUGCCUGGGGGUCCUCCCCUUGUGUGUCUGCUGUGUGCCAGCAAAGGCUUACAUGAGCUGGUGUUUUGUCAGGUGUGCUGUGACCCUUUCCACCCCUUCUGCUUGGAGGAGGCAGAGCGGCCACUGCCCCAGCACCAUGACACCUGGUGCUGCCGCCGGUGCAAGUUCUGCCAUGUCUGUGGGCGUAAGGGCCGUAGCACUAAGCACCUCUUGGAGUGUGAGCGUUGCCGCCAUGCCUACCACCCUGCCUGCUUGGGGCCCAGUUACCCAACUCGUGCCACCCGUAAGAGGCGUCAUUGGAUCUGCUCAGCGUGUGUUCGAUGUAAAAGCUGUGGAGCAGCUCCAGGGAAGAACUGGGACAGCGAGUGGUCAGGAGAUUGUAGUCUUUGCCCUGGCUGUACCCAGCUUUAUGAGAAAGGAAACUUUUGCCCAAUUUGUACACGCUGCUAUGAGGAUAAUGACUAUGAGAGCAAGAUGAUGCAGUGUGCACAGUGUGACCACUGGGUGCAUGCCAAGUGCGAGGGCCUCUCAGAUGAAGGCUACGAGAUUUUGUCUGGGCUGCCAGACUCGGUGCUAUAUACGUGUGGGCCAUGUGCUGGGACAGCCCCUCCUCGGUGGAGAGAAGCCCUGGAUGGGGCCCUCCGGGGGGGACUGCACCAGGUACUACAAGGGUUACUGAGUGCCAAGGUGACUGGACCUCUGCUACAGUGCACCCAGUGUGGACAGGAUGGGGAGCAGUUGCACCGAGGACCCUGUGACCUCCGAGCUGUAAGCCAGCUCUUUGAAGAUGGACACUACAGCUCUGUGCACAAUUUCAUGGAGGAUGUGGUCGCUAUCCUGAUGAGACACAUGGAGGAAGGGGAGGCCCCUGAGCGCCGGGCUGUCGGGCAGGCCAAGGGACUCUUAUUGAAGCUGCUAGAGUCUGCCUUCAGUUGGUUUGAUGCCCACGAUCCUAAGUACUGGAGACGGAGUACCCGGCUGCCCAAUGGAGUCCUGCCCAAUGCAGUUCUGCCCCCAUCUGCGGAUCACAUCUAUGCUCAGUGGAGGCAACAAGAGUCUGAGACCCCAGUAUCUGGCCACCCCCCUGGCGGAGGGGCCGUUCCAGCCACACAGGCAAAGGAGCUGGCUUUGGAUCCCCCCCUAGAGGACCCACGCCAGUGUGCCCUCUGCCUCAAGUAUGGAGAUGCUGAUUCCAAGGAGGCUGGAAGGCUCUUAUACAUUGGACAGAACGAGUGGACACACGUCAAUUGUGCCAUCUGGUCAGCAGAAGUGUUUGAGGAGAAUGAUGGCUCCCUCAAGAACGUUCAUGCAGCUGUAGCCCGAGGCCGGCAGAUGAGGUGUGAACUGUGCCUGAAGCCUGGGGCCACUGUGGGCUGCUGCUUGUCCUCUUGCCUUAGCAAUUUCCACUUCAUGUGUGCCCGAGCCAGCUGCUGUAUCUUCCAGGAUGACAAGAAGGUUUUUUGCCAAAAACACACGGACCUCCUGGAUGGCAAGGAGAUUGUGACCCCUGAUGGCUUUGAUGUCCUCCGCCGGGUCUAUGUUGAUUUCGAGGGCAUCAGUUUCAAGCGAAAGUUUUUGACAGGAUUGGAGCCAGACGCCAUCAAUGUGCUCAUCGGCUCCAUCCGAAUUGAUUCCUUGGGAACACUGUCUGACCUGUCUGACUGCGAGGGAAGACUCUUUCCCAUUGGCUACCAGUGCUCACGUCUGUACUGGAGCACAGUGGAUGCCCGUCGGCGCUGCUGGUAUCGGUGCCGGAUCCUAGAGUAUCGACCCCGGGGCCCUCGGGAGGAGCCUGACCACACAGGGGCAGCAGAGGAGAAUAGGACCAUUGUGCAUAGCCCCAUCCCUACUUCAGAGCUGCUUGGAGCUGAGUGCCCCCAACCAGGGCCUGACACAGUUUCCCUGGGUCCUGAGCGCUACUCCCCUGCCCAGAACACAGGCCCCUUGCCACCCCCUCCAGAGCAGAGCAUCACCCCUUCCCCAGUUCCCCGAUCUGUCUCAGGGGCUAGAAUCAAAGUGCCCAACUACUCACCUUCCCGAAGGCCCCUGGGAGGUGUCUCCUGCUGGCCACUCCCCUCCCCUGGAAGUCCAUCAUCUCUGUCUCACCACAUCCCAACAGUUGGUGAUCCAGACUUCCCAGCUCCCCCAAGACGAUCCCGCCGUCCCAGCCCCCUGGCUUCCCGGCUACCACCCCGAUGGGCCUCUCCACCCUCCAGGCCCGCUCCUCAGCUCAGGGUGCCCCCUCCUACCUCAGCCCUCGAGGCCCUCAUGCCUACCUCAGGGGAGCUGGCUCCCCCUGGUCCAGCCUCCUCCCCACCCCCUCCUCCUGAGGACUUGGGCCCUGACUUUGAGGACAUGGAGGUGGUGCCAGGGCUGAGCGCGGCCGACUUGGACUUUGCGGCUAGCCUGCUUGGGUCUGAACCCUUCCAGGAGGAGGAGAUUGUGGCAGAGGGGGCUGGGGGAAGUAGCCGGGGAGGUCCUGGGGAUAGUUCAGAGGAGGAGGCUGGCCCUGCUGCCCACUACAUUCACUUCCCCCCAACUGUGGUGCCUGGGCCUGUCCUACCACCUGGUCCCAUACCUGGAACCCCCAGAAUUGAACAGCUGGACGGAGUGGAUGAUGGCACAGACAGUGAAGCUGAGGCCGUCCAGCAGCCCCGGGGCCAGGAAGCCCCCCCUUCGGGGCCAGGGGUGGGGGGGGUAGGGGGUGGGGGGGGAGGAGAUGGGGCAAGGCCCCCUGAGGACCUUCCUUCUGAAAUUGUGGAGUUUGUACUAAAGAACCUGGGUGGAGCUGGUGAGGGUGGGGCUGGCCCUGGUGAAGAGCCCCCCCCUCCACCCCCCCCACUGGCUAACGGCAGCCAGGCGCCCCCAGCCCCACUCCCCACCCCAGCUGAUCCCCCCCGGACGUUCACCUGGCUUCCUGGGGCUCCUGGAGUUCGUGUGCUAAGCCUCAGUCCUGCCCCUGAACCCCCGAAAACUGCUGCCUCCAAGAUCAUUCUUGUUAACAAACUGGGGCAGGUGUUUGUGAAAAUGGCAGGGGAGAGUGAGCCAGCCCCACCUCUGCCAAAACGGCCCCCACCAACCCCUCCUACUGCCACCCCAGCCUGGGGCCUCACCCCUGGGCCCUUGCUGAGUGUGCUGCCUGUGGUGGGGGUGGUGCGCCCCCCACCUCCGCCUCCUCCAUCGCUGACCCUGGUGCUGAGCAGUGGGCCCCCCAGCCCCCCCCGCCCAGCCAUUCGAGUCAAGAGGGUGUCAACCUUCGCUGGCCGCAGCCCCUCAGCACCCCCCCCAAACAAGGCCCCCCGGCUGGAUGGGGAGGGGGAAUCCCCCGGGAGUUCCCCCCAAUCAGCGGGGGCCUUGGGCAGUGGAUUGAGCAGAGUACGGAUGAAAACGCCCACUGUACGAGGGGUCCUUGACCUGGAUGCUCCUGGGGAACCUAGUGGGGGAGAAAGUCCUCUGACCCUUCCUGACCGGUCCCCAUUGCUACCGCUGCCAGACUGUGGCUUCCCUAAGGUCUCAGAUGGCCCCCCAGACCUGCUGCUUGAGCCCCAGUGGCACCACUACUCAGGUGAGGCAUCAAGUUCAGAGGAUGAUCCACCAUCCCCUGAAGACAAGGAGAACCAGGGGCCCAGGCGGGCGGGCCCCCACCUGCGCUUUGAGAUCAGCAGUGAAGAUGGCUUCAGUGUGGAAGCUGAGAGCCUGGAAGGGGCAUGGCGGACCUUGAUUGAGAAGGUCCAGGAGGCCCGGGGUCAUGCUCGGCUCAGACACCUCUCCUUCAGUGGGAUGAGCGGUGCACGGCUCUUGGGGAUCCACCAUGAUGCUGUGAUCUUCCUGGCUGAGCAGCUGCCAGGGGCCCAGCGCUGCCACCACUACAAGUUCCGAUACCACCAGCAGGGGGAGGGGCAGGAGGAGCCUCCCCUGAACCCCCACGGUGCCGCCCGGGCAGAAGUCUACCUCCGGAAAUGCACCUUUGACAUGUUCAACUUCCUGGCGUCUCAGCACCGAGUGCUGCCCGAGGGCGCUGCCUGCGAUGAGGAGGAGGACGAGGUGCAGCUCAGGUCUACCAGGCGUGCCACCAGUUUGGAGCUGCCCAUGGCCAUGCGCUUCCGUCACCUUAAGAAGACAUCCAAAGAGGCUGUGGGGGUCUACAGGUCAGCCAUCCACGGCCGAGGCUUGUUCUGCAAACGCAACAUUGACGCUGGGGAGAUGGUCAUCGAGUACUCGGGCAUCGUCAUCCGCUCAGUGCUCACAGACAAGCGGGAGAAGUACUACGAUGGGAAGGGCAUUGGGUGCUACAUGUUUCGCAUGGAUGACUUUGACGUGGUGGACGCCACCAUGCACGGCAAUGCCGCGCGCUUCAUCAACCACUCGUGUGAGCCCAACUGCUUCUCACGGGUGAUCCAUGUGGAGGGCCAGAAGCACAUCGUCAUCUUCGCUCUGCGCCGCAUUCUCCGGGGGGAGGAGCUCACCUACGACUACAAGUUCCCCAUCGAGGACGCCAGCAACAAGCUGCCCUGCAACUGCGGGGCCAAGCGCUGUCGCCGCUUCCUCAACUGACACCCUGCCCUCCUAGCUCCGGCUGUGGGCCCCUGGCCUGGCCCCGAGGGGAUCCCACUCACAUACUUUACCAUCUUAUUGCCCCCUCCCGCCUCAGCACGUGUCCCCAGGGAGCCCUGCCUGCAGGGUCCAGGAUGUAGAUAGAUUGUACAAAGGUUUCUAAAUCCCUUCUUUUCUAUGCACUUUUUUUAUUUAAAAGGUGGGGUCCCAGGGGGGACUCCCCCCCACAAUAAAGUCCGUCAAUGUUUGGAUCCACA